GCUUGAAGGCUACCACCUCAGUGUCCCUCCAGGAAGCUUUUGACAAGCUGACCCCUCGUCCUGCAGGGAUUAUAGACCAGCUGAGCGCUGUCCCCCACGUGCAGGAGCCCCUGAGGGUGACAGCCAGCGUGUACAUCCCGGCCCACGGGCGCCUGGUGUGCGGCCGCGAGGACGGCAGCAUCAUCAUCGUGCCUGCCACGCAGACAGCCAUCGUGCAGCUGCUGCAGGGGGAGCACAUGCUCAGGAGAGGUUGGCCACCCCACCGGACGCUCCGCGGCCAUCGGAACAAGAUCACCUGUUUGCUGUACCCUCACCAGGUGUCCUCCCGCUAUGACCAGAGGUACCUGAUCUCAGGGGGUGUGGACUUCUCUGUCAUCAUCUGGGACAUCUUCUCAGGAGAGAUGAAACACAUCUUCUGUGUCCACGGGGGAGAAAUCACCCAGCUGCUAGUCCCGCCGGAAAACUGCAGCGCAAGGGUCCAGCACUGCGUGUGCUCCGUUGCCAGCGACCACUCCGUGGGCCUGCUGAGCCUGAGGGAGAAGAAGUGCAUCAUGCUGGCCUCCCGCCACCUCUUCCCCAUCCAGGUCAUCAAGUGGAGGCCCUCUGAUGACUACCUGGUGGUGGGGUGCUCAGAUGGCUCCGUGUACGUCUGGCAGAUGGACACUGGGGCCCUGGACAGGUGUGUGAUGGGCAUAACAGCAGUGGAGAUCCUGAAUGCCUGUGACGAGGCCGUGCCAGCGGCCGUGGACUCGCUGAGCCACCCAGCAGUGAACCUGAAGCAGGCCAUGACGCGCCGGAGCUUGGCCGCGCUCAAGAACGUGGCCCACCAGAAGCUCCAGACUCUGGCCACCAACCUGCUCGCCUCUGAGGCCUCGGACAAGGGGAACUUACCAAAAUACUCCCAUAACUCCCUGAUGGUUCAAGCCAUCAAGACCAACCUAACAGACCCAGACAUCCACGUGCUGUUCUUCGACGUGGAGGCACUGAUUAUCCAGCUGCUGACCGAGGAGGCCUCCAGGCCCAACACUGCCCUGGUGUCUCCAGAGAACCUGCAGAAAGCCUCUGGGGACUCUGACAAGGGAGGCUCCUUCCUGGCUGGCAAGCGAGCGGCCGUGCUCUUCCAGCAGGUCAAGGAGACCAUCAAAGAGAACAUCAAGGAGCACCUGCUGGACGACGAGGACGAGGACGAGGAAGCGAUGAGGCAGAGGAGGGAAGAUGGAGACCCUGAGUAUCGCUCCAGCAAGUCUAAGCCACUGACUCUGCUGGAGUACAACCUGACCAUGGACACAGCCAAGCUGUUCAUGUCCUGCCUGCAUGCCUGGGGCCUGAACUCCGUGCUGGACGAGCUCUGCCUCGAGCGCCUCGGCAUGCUGAAGCCGCACUGCUCCGUCUCCUUCGGCCUCCUGUCCAGGGGAGGACACAUGUCCCUGAUGCUCCCUGGCUACAACCAGCCCGUGGGCAAAGCAGCCCCUGGCAGCGUGGAGCUGGGGAGGAAGAUGUCCGUCACAGAGGGGCUGGGGAAGGGCACCUACGGCGUGUCGCGUGCCGUCACCACUCAGCACCUCCUGUCCGUGAUCUCGCUGGCCAACACGCUGAUGAGCAUGACCAACGCCACCUUCAUCGGGGACCACAUGAAGAAAGGUCCCACCAGGCCACCCAGGCCAGGCACCCCUGAGAUGGCCAGAGUGAAGCCACCCCCUCCCAUUCCCAGUCAUGCAGCCCAGGGACAGAUUAAACAAGUUGCUCCUGCUGCUGCUCCUAGCACUGAAGCUGGGCACUCUGACACUGCUCCUCCUUUACAUUCCUGUUUCUUAGUCAAUGAAGGCUGGACCCAGCUGGCUGCCAUGCACUGCGUGAUGCUCCCAGACCUGCUGGGGCUGGAGAAGUUCCGCCCUCCCCUGCUGGAGAUGCUGGCACGGCGCUGGCAGGAUCGGUGCCUGGAGGUGAGAGAGGCUGCCCAGGCCCUGCUGCUGGCAGAGCUGAGGAGGAUCGAGCAGGCUGGUCGCAAGGAAACCAUCGACGCCUGGGCUCCCUACCUGCCCCAGUACAUGGACAGUGUCAUCUCACCUGGAGUGACCACAGAAGCCAUCCAGACUGCAACUGCCAGCCCAGAUACCUCGGGGACAGAAGCCAAAGUCCAGGAGGAAGAGCAUGACCUGGUUGAUGAUGACAUCACGGCAGGAUGUCUCUCUGGGCUGCCCCAGACGAAGAAGGUCUCCACGUCGUACGAGGAGAGGAGGAAACAAGCCACAGCCAUCGUCCUGCUGGGUGUGAUCGGGGCCGAGUUCGGGGCAGAGAUCGAGCCCCCCAAGCUGCUCUCGCGCCCGCGCAGCUCCAGCCAGGUCCCCGAGGGCUUCGGGCUCACCAGCGCCGGAGCCAACUACUCCCUGGCCAGGCACACCUGCAAGGCUCUGACGUUCCUGCUGCUGCAGCCCCCCAGCCCCAAGCUGCCUGCACACAGCACCAUCCGCAGGACAGCCAUCGACCUCAUCGGCCGCGGCUUCACCGUCUGGGAGCCCUACAUGGACGUGUCAGCCGUGCUCAUGGGCCUCCUCGAGCUCUGUGCUGAUGCUGAGAAGCAGCUGGCCAACAUCACAAUGGGGCUGCCCCUGAGCCCUGCGGCCGACUCUGCCCGCUCCGCUCGCCACGCGCUGUCCCUCAUCGCCACGGCCAGACCUCCUGCCUUCAUCACCACCAUCGCCAAGGAGGUGCACAGACACACUGCCCUGGCAGCCAACACACAGUCACAGCAGAACAUCCACACCACCACCCUGGCCAGGGCCAAGGGAGAGAUCCUCAGGGUCAUCGAGAUACUCAUUGAGAAGAUGCCAACUGAUGUCGUGGACCUGCUGGUGGAGGUGAUGGACAUCAUCAUGUACUGCCUGGAAGGAUCUCUAGUUAAGAAAAAGGGUCUCCAGGAGUGUUUCCCAGCCAUCUGCAGGUUCUACAUGGUGAGCUACUACGAGCGGAGCCACCGGAUCGCGGUGGGAGCGCGGCACGGGUCGGUGGCUCUCUACGACAUCCGCACCGGGAAGUGCCAGACUAUCCAUGGCCACAAGGGACCGAUCACUGCCGUGGCCUUUGCCCCCGACGGACGGUACCUCGCCACCUACUCCAACUCUGACAGCCACCUCUGCUUCUGGCAGAUGAACACGUCCCUGCUGGGCAGCAUUGGGAUGCUGAACUCUGCCCCUCAGCUGCGCU